AUGUCUACUAUGCUUCAGAUCAGAGAUUUACUCAACCCGGUGACACCCGAGCCGUCGGAUAGUUCCUCAGAUGAGGCCUGCCUUCAGGUGUCGCCUGGGCGCAUCGCUGCGGGCAGCGCAUCCGUCAGACACCCAGUACGCCCUCGGGAGUGGUCCUCGAAACCAGGAAAGCAAAGAGGCCCUGUCAACUUUAUGCCUUUUGAAGAGGGUCUAAGUCCGGAAAUGGUUCGAGAAAUCGCCCACUUUCAAGUGCGACCAUUUGGACAAAUUCGGCAAUCUUGCGAACACAUUCCAUACAACAGCUCCAAGAAGGACUUUUUCGGCAAGACGGGCCGCGAGAGUAUAGAUGUACUCAAGUAUGAGUUUCACUUCCAAGGAGAGACACCCGGAGACUUUACGGUCAUGUGGGAUUACGAUGUCGGCCUGGUUAGAAUUACUCCAUUUUUUAAAUGUCUGGGUUACGCCAAAACCAAGCCUUCACAGAUGCUGGACAAGAACCCGGGGCUACGAGACAUCACACCGAGUAUCACAGGCGGAGCAGUUUCGGCUCAAGGGUACUGGAUGCCCUAUAAAUGUGCCAGGGCCAUAUGCGCCACGUUUUGCUGGCCCAUUGCUCCCGCUCUCAUCCCACUUUUCGGGCCAACAUUCCCAUCGGAAUGUCGCGCGCCCGGAAGCCCUGGAUACAGGGACAUGACGAUCGAUCCUCGGAUUAUCGACGAGGCAGCGCGGGAGGCACGAGCCUUGCGCUCGAUACGCCCCGAACCGAGCUCUCCAUACAUCUCUCGGCCUGCCGCUGCACAGAAGCACCGCCAUGUCCUUGAGCCCAGACCUGACCAACGCUCGUACGAGAGGAGAAUCCCUGGAGCGGAGUGUGAGAGGCUAAUUCAACCGAGCCCGCAGCGCACUCCUUCCUCCUGGAAGGCGGUAAACGCCGCCACGUCGCCAAUCACUCCGCCCCGUUCCGCGAACAGCCAACGGCCCCUCAUCUCUGGUAACAUGGAUAGAUUCCGGAAUCACCAGUAUGUUGAGGAUGGCCGGCACGGGCUUAUACUCGUGGGGGAAGAUUCUCCGGAGCAACGCCAUUCGCACCCGCGGGAGUCGCACGGGCGGGAGUAUCCCAUGACACCCAUCCGCCCGCAUCUGCAUGUGGCCGAAGGGUACGGGCUCAAGCGAAGGUACGUAUCACCGGUGAUUGUGGAUUUCAGUGGCCACCUUGGCGACAGAGACAUUAGACCGGUCUCGAGGGGAGAGCCGAACCCGCGUAAACGCACGCAAAGAGAGGGUUCGAGGAGGAUAGAGGACUACCAUGCUGCCAGUGCACUGGUAGGACUGCAAGGUGAAGGACAUGUCCGCUCACGCGGGUAG